AUGAGCGUGCUCAGCGUGGCUGUGUUUGGGGCCCUGUUCUGCUCAGUUCUAUCUGCAAGCGCCAAAGCCAAAGAGGAGCACCGGAUAGCGUUCAACGGCGAGGACGUGCACAUCCUGGUGCCGUCAGCGAGCAGCACCAAGGUGGUGUUCCGGCCCCGGGUCAAAGGCCAGGAGGAGGUGGUGCUGAUGCAGAACGGCGAGGUCAACGAGAAGCACACGCGCGCCCGUCUGCAGAGCCAGUACCUCAUCCUGGAGGACGUCACGGAGGAGGACGAGGGGCUCUAUGUCAUCAAGAACACCGACGUGCCCAGCCACGUCAGACACAUCACGCUCAUCGUUAGAGACUGCGCACUGGAGCAGUCCAUAAAAUACGCAGACACCGCCCACAUCCAGCUGCGCAAGAUCCCGCUGCCCAUCACCGUGGAGUUCCGCUACGGCAUCAGCCACAUCAACCAGACCACCGAGUCCCCGCCGGUGGUGCUGCUCAACCAGAGCUCCACGCCCGUGGAGGAGUACAAGGGCCGGCUGACGGUCAACCACAAGGAGGUGACCCUGCACAAGAUGACGGGCAUGGACGAGGGCAGCUACACCAUCCUGGACAGCAACGGCAAGGCCCAGAUGAGGACCUGCCUCAAUGUGAAAGAACACCAGCACUUCUCCCACCUGGAAUAUGACCAGACGCUGGAGAUCAACCUCUACCUGAACCACAGCAAGGUCAGCCUGGUGUACGUGCGGGACGCGGACCACAAGGAGAGGCCCAUCCUGGAGCAGGGCGAGCUGGUGGUGCCCAUGGACCCGGCCAUAGAUGGGCGUCUCUCCCUGGAGGGCUCCAAGGCCUACCUGAAGCACGUGCGGGUGGCGGACAUGGGCCACUUCAGGGUCAGGGAUCAUCUCGGAUUCCACAUCGCCGAUGUCCACCUGAAGGUUCAUCCCUAUAAGCUUCCUCAGACCACGGUGGUCAUCCUGGGCCUGCUGGGCCUGGUGGGCCUGAUGCUGCUGAUGUGUCUGCUGUCCUGCCAGAUCAAGGUGCGCCGCCGCAACGAGAAGGCCCGCAAGAUCGCCCUCAUCGCCCAGCAGGCCGGCAAAGCGGACGGGGGGGACGCCUUCCGACAGGUGGUUAACGAGGCCUACACACGCUUCACUGAAGACUCCAUCACCCAGUCGCAGUGGGACGGUCCCACCACGGACAACACCGAGGUGGAAAUCAAGGGUCUUGAGGUGUCAAAGGCCGGCCGCUACCAGAGCCUCGCCUCCGACAAGAACUUCCUGGAGAUGAGCGACUCUGGCGUGGAGUUCACCUCCUCCGGCCUGCCCCUGGACAGUGACACGGAAGGGCCGCUGACCUACGCCUCGCACAAGCCCCUGCUCGACUCCGCCCACGACUCCGACGGCUUCGUGACCGCCCCGCCCACCAUCGCCGAGGGCACAGAGAGCAACGCCUCCCGCACCCCCGACGACUCCAUCCUGAGUGCCAGCCCCGCCAGCCUGCCCCGAGCCGGCAGCCAGCUCGACGCAGACCUGCUGGGGGACGCCACCCCCGACUCUCCCCUCAGAGGGCCUGAGAUCCUGGGGGACGGAGGUGGUGUCAUAGCUGCUCCGGCUUCCCCAGUAGCCUCAGCAGCAGUCCCGGUGAUCCCUGCCCCUAUCACCCCAAUAUCCCCAAUAGCCCCAAUAGCUCCCAUAGUCCCUGUAGCCGAGCUGGUCCCCACAUUGAGCCCUGCUAAGGAGCCUAGCAUGGAUGCCGGACCUGUGGCCGAUGCUGCUGCCCCAGCAGCGCCACCUGCUGCUGUUGUCGAGAACGGCACAACCUGAGGAACUUUGGACGACAGCUGCAGCACAAGAGUGAACAAAAACAAAAACAAAAAUGAAACAAACAUCAAAAAAAUGUAUCUACAUAACCACUAACCAUUAACACCUUGACAAUCUCUACGCAAAAACACACUCCACACAUACAACUAUGUAGUCAUCACUGCUUGUUUUUUCUCCUUGCUGGAGGCACAAUGCCUGUCGAUUUGGCUUUUUUCGUAUUUGGACAAAUUCAAGCUAACAAAUGUUUGGCCCUUAACAGCUAAGCUAACAAAAAAAAACCUAACCCAGAGGCACAGUAGAGUACAAAACAACCACACAAACAAAAGAAAUAUACAAACUCAGCUAACUUCUACAAACACAUGAAUGUGAAACAUGUGUUUUUGCACAAUGCAUGCGUUUAAUAGAUUUAGCGGAGAUAUCUCGGCUAGCUAGCCAAGAAAAAAAGAAUGGCUAGUUUGGAAUGACUGUAGUGCAUGCAAGUCUCUUGGACAAACAGUCACAAAC